GCUGGGAAGGCCUUUUCCGCACGUGACUGUUAGCAGCUGAGGGGUUGGUUUUAAUUGGUAGCCAACAGUUCUGGGGCCCAUUUAGAGAGUAUAAGAGAAGAUUGGACUCACAGCAGAGUUAACAUAGUUUUGUGGAGGCUUCUAUCAGUUUCCAAACUAUGGAUAGAGAAGACAGCUAUGAUGCUUUGGAUCCUGAAAAGCCAGUGCAAUGUCCAUAUGACAAAAACCACCAGAUCAGGGCUUGUAGAUUCCCUUACCAUCUUGUCAAGUGUCGUAAGAAUCACCCUGAGAUAGUGCAACAGCUGGUCACUUGCCCAUUUAAUGCUCGUCAUCAAGUCCCCAGGGAAGAGAUCAGCCAACACAUAUCAAGCUGCGAUGACAAACGAUGCAUUGAGCAGGACAUUGCGAGUCAGGCAAAGAAAAAAAGAGAAGUGAAUAUGAUAAGUUCAUGGCAGUCUCCUCCAUGUGAAGAAGAUUGGGACAAAGAUAUAGGAGAUCAGUCAGAUUCUACCUUCAUUUGGGGCACAAGCUGCUAUACAAUGAACAGCCCAAGAUCCAACGCAAUAAUGGGACAUAGGAGCCACCUAGCUUUAGGUCUGCGAGCUCCUAGAACCUUGCCUUACAUUCUACCAUGGAAGAACA